AUGCUGCCGGCACCCGAAUCCACUACACCGCAACCGUCGACGUUCCCUUUGGAACAGCCUGGAAGUUCUCGUCAAAUCGACUUGAAUUUCGAAGGGAAACGACUGGAACGUGUGCCACGCAGACAUCCAACGACUGGCGAAGAGUACGAUCCGAUCGAAGUUCGCCGUCUGAAUCUUAGCAAAAACAAUCUACUACACAUUGAAUGUCUACCAGCUUUUGCAAACCUAGUCAGUCUCGACGUCUCAAACAAUGGAUUGACCGUGCUGCCAGAAGAUGUCGGUUCCAUGGUACACUUGCGGACUCUCUCCGCACGUAAUAAUCUUCUUGAAGAACUUCCAAAAUCGAUGACUAAUCUGGAGCACAUGGAAGCUCUAUAUUUGUCCGGCAAUCGCUUCGAGACCGUACCACCACCUGUAUUCAGCAUGUAUCGUUUACGGGUGCUUCAUCUUGGUGGAAAUCGUAUCGAAACUGUACCGUAUGCUAUUGGAAGCAUGGCCAAGUUGGAGAUCCUCUAUCUUGGUGGGAAUCUUCUGCAUGAUGUCCCGGCCACUAUUGGAAGGCUCCAUAAGCUGUCGUCGCUGUCGUUGUGCGACAACCAGCUGGAGACGAUUCCAUCCACGUUUGGAGAGCUUAGAAACCUCGAAAGCUUAUCGCUACAUAACAAUGUAUUGAAAACGCUGCCAACAGAGAUUGUGAAGCUCAGAAAUCUGCAACAGCUUAGUCUUCGUAACAAUCCAUUAGUUCAUCAUUUCGUCCACAAUAUGCAGUUGGAGCCGCCGAAGUUAAAAGAGCUAGCUGGACGUCUCGUUCGACUGAAAAUGUCUAAAUUUCCGAUUAAAGAAGUGCUGCCAAGGGAGCUCAUCACGUACCUCAAUUCAGCAAAUCAGUGUGUAAACCCCAAAUGCAAGGGGGUCUAUUUCGAGGCGUGCGUUGAACAUGUCAAGUUCGUCGACUUUUGUGGGAAGUAUCGAGUGCCGUUGUUACAGUUCUUGUGCUCCCCAAAAUGCUCGGCGGCCACUCCUGCGUACGUUUCAUCAGAAAGUUCUUCGGACACCGACGACGACUUGCCGAAUGACAUGAAGAUGCGAAAGAUCCUGCUUGGAUAA